GAAACAUGAAUUACAGCUCCUGAAGACCAUUUGGAUGAAAAGCAGUGGCAUGUUUGAUUUUAAAAGGUAUCAUCUGCUCCCUGGAAUCCACAGCAUUUUCUCUUAUGGCAAGGUAUCGCCUCAGUAAAAAUAGCAACAAUUCCUUGGAGGCGCAUUGUUCAAUCCAGUACAACGACAGGCUGUAUAGCUCAGCAUCGCAAGCUUUGGAGGACUAUAUUAAAGAUUACAAUCGCAGUCUAGUAUCUCCAGAAAUAAAGCCUGGAAAAAUCUGCGUUAACCGCAGAACUCCUAAAGACUUCAAGCUUUCAAAGGAUGGUUACCAGCAAAAAUAUGUUCUGGAGAACUUCAAGCGGCAUGCAGUAGAAGUUCCCGUUCCUCCCCUUUCAAGAAGAACAGUUACUCGUGACUCGGACCUGCUCAGUCUCACCACAGAUGAUCUUCUAGCCUUUCCUCCAGAUGGUUCAGUGUCUUUUAACCAAGUCGUCACCUUACGGCCAGCACAUCAGAAUAGCAAAACAAAGAGGAAAUCCCAGACUUCUGCCUCUUACAUUCACCACCGGACCAUAUCCUUUGGAGGAAUGAGGAAUCCUUUGGAGGAAGGAGGACUGAGUUUUCCAGGAGAGCCUGUUAUCUCCUCUUCGUACAAAGACCUUAGCAGAAAGGCACCUGCACAAUGUACGUUUCAUAAAUACAGUUCUGGUGCUUCAGGGCAUUCUCCGCAGAACCACUUCGUCAAGCAGGAGGAAUCGGAGCCUGUGUUUCAUAAGAACUAUCCGAGGUGGCUGACGAGUCAAAAAUCUGACUUGAGCGUUUCGGGGAUCAGCAGCAUUCCUGAUUCCAAGUAUCCCGCUUGGCUCGAUAGCCUUCAUCUCUUGCCCAAUUCAGCGAAUGGAAGUUUGUCCCAGACCGACGAUGUGGAAAGCGAUUCUUCCCACUCGCAAGGGAGCAGCAAGAAGCUUAUCAGCAGUCAACGUCUGGGCAGAUCAAACAAUUCCAGACAUUCCGAACGCAGUGGUUUGGUGGACCUACAACAUAAGGACGCUGUUCUGAGAAACUGCAAAGGUGAUUGCCGGAAGGUGUGCUUUGCAUCUGAUGGUUCAGGAGAGGGCAGGCAUUCAUGGAGAGAGAACGACCCCAGGGCACUCCUUCGGAAGGUGAAGAAUUCUCUGGAGUCCUCCGCCAAUGAGUUGUCCAGCUUCCUGAACAACGACAGCAGUCCUUGCACAGUGGACAUACUAGAGGCAGAAAGAUCGUGGGAUAAUGUUCCAGUUGGUUUGAAGUCUCCAGUGCCUGUAUGUUGCGAAGAGAACUCUCCACAAGCUCCCAAAGUGAACAUUGUUGAUGGAUUUUUAGAAGAUUGUCUAAAGAACAGCAGUGAAGAGAGUACUUUUUCUGGAGGGAAUCAUCACGGGCCCGUGGAAGCCCUGAAGCUAAUGCUGUUUAAUCUUCAAGCAUUUCAGCAAAGUUUUAAGAAGACCGCCAAACAAGACGAAGAGCCUAAAAAAACUUCAGAUGAGGACAUCGAUUUGAAGCAGUGCGAUACCGAUGGAAUCCCUGGAACAAGGUCCCUUCAGAGAGCUUUGCACCAUUUAUCUCGGCUCAAAGUUCUGGUUGAUACGGAAGAUGCAGGCAGUAAAGAAGAAGCGAUAAAAUCAUUGCAAGACGUCACGGAUAAAUUGGCAUAA